AUGUAUUGUCGUCCGAUACGUUUAGUGAAAAUUGGUCUUCUUAUUUUAUGUUUUUCAAUAUGUUUAUAUGAAAUCUCGAUAUUUUUCUACAAAUCGAAACGAACUGAUAUUAUUUCUGGAAAGACAAAUUCCACCGAACAGUUUUCAUUGAAGCCUUCGAAAGAAUAUCAAGAAAUCUUCGAAAAACUUUCACCAUUCACAGUCCAUUUACCAAAAUUUUUCGAUGAAGAAGCGAAAAAUUGGUUCUACAAUUGUACCUAUUAUAAAAUCAAUUCGAAAAAGUGUCCGGAGAAAAAUUGUGAAAAAAAUGGAGUUCUUUUUAACGAUCCAAAAGAACAUUUAGAUGUUUACUUAGCAUUUGUUAGAAAUGGUCUUUAUACGAAUGAAGAUUGCGGUUAUAACUAUGAUAAUGAAGCCAUGCGAAGAGUUUUUGAAAAUGAAAAAGAUAUUCCAACAGUUUAUGAAACAGCAUUUAUUUAUACAGUUCCUGAUGGAUGGGCUUUUCAACAUUUUCUUGAUGGAAUUGGCCCAAAAUUAUCUCAUUCAUUUACUUUUUUAAACAAAUAUCCAGAUGCAAAAGUUGUUAUUCUAAGAGGUUCACGGUUUGAUCGAUCUGUGAAGGAAAUUUGGGAAAUGCUUGGUGUUCCAGAAUUUUCUCGAAUUAUUCAUCAUAGUGGUGGAUCAAGAAUUGGUGCUCGUUUAUUAAUCAAUCCCUGUCGCACACCUGGUAUUCAUCCACAUUUGUGGCACAAUGCAAGAAAAAUGUAUUGGUCUAUAUCAAAUAUAAGUCAAACAAAUGAUCAAUCAAAACGAAAGAAUUUUAUUUAUAUUCAAAGAACAUCAACAAAUGCAGCAAACGGCGCACGUCUUAUUCUUAAUGAUGAAUCAUUUAUUAAUUUAUUAAAAAAACAUUGUGAAACGAAUUCGUUGAAUUUUAUUCAAUAUGAUCAUUCAAAAGAUUCCAAUCAUAUUAAAUAUCGUAUUGAAUUAUUCUACAACGCUCGUUAUAUUAUCGGUGUUCAUAGUGGAGCUUUGUCAAAUAUGAAUUUCGCUCAGUCAGGCACCACAUUAAUCGAAAUAAUGCCUUAUAGAUCAGGAACAAGUUCAUUACCAAUGACAUGUUCAAUGUUUAAUCCACUUGAUAUAAAAGCAUGUGCUGGUUAUAUUUUAUAUACACAAUCUCAGUUAUUAAAUCAAACUUAUUGGAUUUUACCAACGGUUGUUAAUAAUGAUGGAAAUAUGAACGUGAAUUUGAGUCGAGUUGAAAAUCUUCUUCAACAAGUUUAG